AUGCGCGCCACGACCCUCCUCCUCGCCACCGCGGCGCUGUUCGGCGCCAACGUCUCCGCCCUGACCAGACGCGAGACCACCAACGCGUUCACCAACUUUGUCGACCAGUUCCUGUCGCCCAACAACGCCAAGGUCGCCGCGUCGGUCAACUCGACGCUCUUCGCCGAGGACGUUACGGGCACGGUCGAUGUUUCCACCAACUUCGACGGCCGCGAGUUGUCAACCGAGUACCUGUUUGGCUUGUUCGUCAAUGUUGGCCAGGACGAGCGCCCGAGCCCCAUCGGCGUCCCCCUGUCGUACAAUGUGACUUCUCUGGCGGUUCAGAACAACUACGUCUUCGCGUCGAUCAAGUUCGACUUCUACUACCACAGCCUGAACCUGCACUACCCCGUUCAGAUCGACCUCUGGCUCCUGUUCAACGAGCAGAAGGAGGUGCAGCAGUACGACGUCGCCUUCCGUCGCUGGGCUUGGGCGACCGACAACCUCGCGCCCCUGAUCCUGCCCCAGAUGGCAAAGUACGCCAACAUCACCGACACGACGGACCCGGCCCAGAUCCUGACGCGCUACACCGCCCCCAUCAUCUGCGGCGCCCACCAGCUUUACUGCAAGGGCGACAACCAGCAGUACACCGACUAUGCCGACUGCAUGGCCCAGGUGGGCAAGAAGCCGCUCGGCACCUUCUACCGCAUGGGCGAGGACAAUAUCCUCUGCCGCAGCCUGCACGUCCACAUGCUCCCGCUUCGCCCGUCGGUCCACUGCCCGCACAUCGGCCCCACCGGCGGCGGCAUGUGCGUGUCUCGCAACUACACCGAGGUCGUGCUCGCCGACCACUUCCCCAAGGGUUUCAUCGCGCCCAAGUGCGUCAAGCCGAAGAACCUCUACGGCCCGCGCGGCAACGGCAACAGCACGGCAUAA